GUUCUGGAUGUAGGUCACCAGAGAACGAGGAACCCGCCAUGUCACCUCCACACACCCUCGAGCCACUUUCAUGAGGUUGAGGGAGAAGUCAUACAAGGACAGCUCCCGGCAGACUUGAAUGCGAAACUUCUCAACGUCUUCCAGUGUAGCGGUUCUCCAGUCCAUUUGGUGCUUACUAACCAUCGUGGUGAACCUUACAUCGACCUUUUCAGGCUCAUCGGCACAAACCUCUGAAAAUAUCUCAAGCCUUGUUUCCUUCCGAAACCCGUUCGUCUUCUCGGCAUAGUUUGCCAUUUUACUUUUCAAGUCCUGACUUCCAUAGAGAUCAACGACAUACUUCAACAGAGUGUAGUGGAGAUAGUCAUAAUGUUCGCCAAUAACAUCAAUUAUAUCCUCAGCUGAUUCAGCUUGUUUUAUUUCGGCUUUCACUUUAGUAACAAACCUUCUAUGCUCCUUUUUGAGAUUAGACGGAAGACAGAGGAGGGAGUAGCGCAACUUUUUAACUGCAACACUAUUGCUAAAUUCUUCAGCAGCACAAACGG